ACCUCCAUGGCAUCUUCCCACACCAGUAAGGGAAAAAGGCGCAAGGUUGUGGGGGAGGAGACACACGAGCUGCUGGCAAAGCUGCUGAGCCGGGCUGACGAAGUGACCGACCUCAAGCAACGGGUCCGUGACCUGACUCAGUCUACUGAUCCCUUCCACAAGAAAAUUGACGCGUGGGUCUCUUAUUUUGCGGCUGAGCUCCACGACUUUAAGCCUCAGGUGUGGAACCGUUUUGUGUCUGCAGCCACACAGCUGUUGCACAAAUACAAACAAGAGAACGACGCACUUGACCUCGGACCACCCGCUGCCACUACUGAGGUACAGCCUUCAUCUCACCCACCUAAGGUCGCAACCGCUACUACUACUGCUGUGUCACUACCACCCGCUGUGUAA